AUGUUGUGCUCUAUUUCUCUCACGCUUUCAGAGCUGCAAACACUGAAUCCUGUUCUUGAAAAAAACAGUUGGUUUGUGCAUAAGCUAUUGGCAUGUUUUAUUUUGUCCAAACUAGAAAUGCCAAUGAUUUCUCCCAUGUAUUAUGCUUCUCCCACAAGAUGUGGAGAACAAAUCUCAUAGAAAUUUAGAUAUCUAUUCUUGGCAUGAGCUUUUCUGUUUAGUAAUUCAGCAUGUGCUUACCAGUCCUGUCUGCUUUUUGUAAUACUGUAUAUGGAAAUUGUGCCUCUAGGAGAAAACUUUCAAGUUCUCGUUUCAGAAGCUCAAACAAGUCAUCUAUAUGCAAUGUCUACCAGUUUUAUGCUGUUGGUUACAGACUUUUGGACAAUGCAUCACAUAACUAGCAUUUAGAGAUUCAGAUCUCCUCUUUAUGAUGGUGGGACUAGGAAAUAGCCGUCGUGGGAUGAAGGCUCCGCCUCUUCUAGUAGCAGCACUUGUGGCUUGUAUCAUUGUUCUGGGAUUCAAUUACUGGAUUGCAAGUUCCCGAAGUGUUGAUUUGCAGAAUCGUAUAAUGGAAUUAGAAGGCAGAGUCCGGAGGGCAGCAGCAGAAAGAGGUGCUGUGGAACUGAAAAAGAAUGAAUUCCAAGGGGAACUAAAGAAACAGAGAGAGCAGAUUGACAAAAUCCAGUCCAUGCAUAAUUUCCAGAUGGAAAAUAACAACAAAAUGCACAGGGAUGAGAAGGCAAUGUUAAUGAAUAAUAUCACAAUAAGUGACAGAUUGAUCCAGAAUCUUCAAGAACACCUGAAAGAGUUGCAACAGGAACAUGGAAAGCUCCAAUUGGAUGUAUACAGCUUUCAAAAAAACCAGACUAACCUUCAGAGGAAAUUUACGUAUGAUAUGUCUCAGUGUAUCAGUCAGAUGAAGGAACUAAAAGAACAGUGUGAAGAAAGGAUAGAGGAAAUCUCAAGAAAAGGAAAUGAGAUACCACAAGAAAAGGAGAAGAAAAACAUCUCAAAUAUAUCAGACAAAAAUUAUCAUGUUAAUAUUCAGGUGCCAACAUUUGGAGAGCCAGAGAUUCAGCAUCAUGAUCUAAGAAAAGAAGAAAAUGAGCCUGAAGAAAAACCAGAAACAUCAAGGCCAGCACUCACUGCAAAAAAUGUAGCAGAACUGGAUUAUCACAGAGAAAAAGACAGAACUGAUGAUGAUACUGCUGUCAGCAAAGAAAAACCUACGAAACAGGUGUCAGACCAGGAUCAUUCACAAAUAUCUGUGAAGCCCAGCUCAGUUAAUAAAGAGCUGCCCCCAGAACCAGGGAUAGAUCUGAAUCCAAAUGAGAAAGUCAGAAAUGUUAAUGGAGAAGAAGUAGUUGAAAGGCAGACUGGCAAACGGCCAGAACCUGUGAGUCAUCAAAAUACUAAUGAAGCCAAAGCAGACGAUGAAGAAAUUGAACGAGAGCAGCUCUUAAAUGAUGAUCUGCAGCAGGAUGACCAAGAGCCCAGUAAGGAUGAUGAAUUUGGAAUAAAAAGAAUGGACCAGGAUAUCAAAAGAGUGGACUACAACUUAGAUGUAAAUGAGGCAGAAUCUGAAACUGAUAAGCAAGCUGCCCUUGUUGACCAGCAAAAUAAAUUCAAUGUCCAGAAUCUUCAUGAUCCCAAACUGCAAAACCACUUCUUUAACCUUGGAGACCAUCAACAGAAACUGUGAAUGAGUUCAGUGUGUGACUCUGGCAAAAACUACUACUAUUGAACCCAUCUGCUCAAGACUUGAAAAGUUCAAUUCAACUUGAUAACUAUUAGGGUUUAUUUAAAACAUUCUGACCUCUUUUAUGGACUUGUCUUCUUCUGACUUAACUAGGCCAUAGUAUUGUUCUAGGAUAAAUAUUUUUUUCUUUAAGGUACAUGAAUAUCUUAUUCUUCAGCUGCUUCAUCUGGUUUUUCCUUCCUGAACUAAUGUGACGAAACCCAGUGACAAGACAACUUUCAGCUAGGAAAAUUGUUGCUUUAGAACGCUUCUGAGUCUGCACCCCUAGCCCAUCUCAUAUUGCGUCAUGUCUUUGUGGGUUCUUGCUUUUAUAAACAAAGCAAACUUAGAGAAUAAAUUUAUAUUUAUUUUGUGUAGUAAUUUCCUCCAGAACAAACUUAUCUACACAGCAUUUGGGGGCUGUUAAAUACCUUGCUUUAAGGUAAAUUAUAUUUAUUGCUGUAGGGCUUGAAUCAAAAUAAAGAUGCAUAAGACUUGGGUAUAUUUAUAUAUCCCAUUCAAUUAAAAUAUUCUCUAAAGUUUUUUGUGUUUUUUUCGGGCUAUGUGGCCAUGUUCUAGAAGAGUUUAUUCCUGACGUUUCGCCAGCAUCUGUGGCUGGCAUCUUCAGAGAAGAUGUUCUCUCUUUGGAAGCGCAGGACUUUACAAGAAUGAUCACUGUAAGCAAUGGAUGACCUGGAGUUCUGUAAAGUGGGUUUUAAACAAUGGAGUUUUCAUGUACAAUAAUUGCUAACCCUGUGAUUAUGAUCUUGCCACCAUUUGGAUACAUGUAGAAAAAGAUACUACAAAUCCUACUGUAUUUGCUGCUUCAUGACAAUUAUCUUAUUGAAGUGCAAAAUGAAUAGCUGUAAUAUUGUCAAAUGCUAAACUGUUACUAACAAAAAUUUCAUGAGAAAACGUUUGUUCCAUCAAAGUAAAAUUUCAAUUACUUUAGUAGAUUAUCAAAUUUAACAGGUUCUGUAGAUCAUAUUGUGUUGAUUUUAACUGCUAGUGUUUAGGAAGGGAAAAUCUAUUACAGGAUCAAUGGUGAAUUAAUGAGUUUACAAGAAUUUACUAAUCUGGUUUAUAAUGUUUUAUUUCCAAUAAAAUAUUGCACACAGUGUGAAACUGUGUACUAUGUGUCUAUA